UGUAGUCAGUAGUCUAUCCAGUUGCUUGUUGCUCUGUUGGCGUUUUGCCGGAGUCGUGUAGUCUAUAUUGUUGAACUCAGGAGGAUCAAGGAGACAAAGUACACUCGAGGUAGCCACUUCAUCUCUCUGCGAUAUGUAGCCAUGGUAGCUGGCCUGUCCUGUUUACACUGCUCUCGUUGGAAAAUCUGUUGUAGUCUUUCUUUCUUCUCUGCUGAACACCUUUGCUGUGUCGAUCGAGUAUCUGACUUCUUGGCUCAUCGUUUACAUCACUGCCACUCUGAAGUUUCGAGCAUCUAGUGGAGGGAUUCAGUUUCUGCUAGCUGCUUUCUGAUGCGCGCAGAGUUGAGACGAGCAUAUUACUUCAGCCAUGGCUGACGUAGCCGCGCGUCCAUUACUGGUACUUGUCGGUGCGUUGGUUUUGUCCGUAGCAAAUGCUGAUAUAGUUUUGAGAGACGUAUUGAACAAUGCCACACAAGGCUUCGAUUCAGCUCCGGCGAAUUUCGGUGCUUUUGAGCCAGAUAUGAAAGGUGCUGGUCUUGUGGAGGUAUUUCCACAAACCGCAUGUCAUUGGAAUAUCACCCGGCCUCCAGCAACUGAAACAAAUAAAACCUUUAUUGCAAUCGUAUCCCGUGGAGAUUGCGCGUUUGUUGUAAAGGUGAUACAUGCUCAGCGUGCUGGUUAUGUUGGUGUGGUCGUUGUCAACUAUAAGAGCCAGGAACUUCUGGUCAUGGGUGGUGCUGACAGUGAAAUAACUAUUCCAUCUGUGUUGACUACAUAUGAUUCUGGUACUAAACUGAAGCAGGACUACCUCUUCAGAGAUCACCCAAACUGGGUAGCAACUCUGGACAUGAAAUACGAGCCCUUCAGCUGGCACUCCUACUUGUGGCCAUUUGUCAGUGUAGUGGGUGUAUGCGUCUUGUUUAUGGGCGUCUUCAUGGCGCUGAGGUAUCGUCGCGAACAGAUUCGGGCUCAUCGGCGGCGUCUCCCGGCUGUUGACCUGAAGCGUAUUCCCAUUUUGAAGUUCAAGACGAGUGAUGAUGCCAGCAGUCGAUAUGAGACUUGUGCUAUAUGCCUGGAUGACUAUGAGGAUGGUGACAAGCUGCGUGUUCUGCCUUGCGAGCAUGCGUAUCAUUGCCAGUGUAUUGACAAGUGGUUGCUGAGUCGGAGUCGUGCCUGUCCGGUCUGUAAGUCCAAGGUGCAGCCUGGUGAGAAUGACACACCACCAUCGCGGCGACGACAAAGUAGACAAACUCCCUCGGCGGCAACUUCUUCCCCAAGCACGGGCACCGAUUCUGACAGUGACAACAACAGUAAUGGUGGCACCAGCAGCGGCAAUGAAGAGGUGCCGUUAGUUCGCAGUUUGGAGCCUACUGGUGGCCGCUACGGCUCCAAUGCCGUUAGUCCAGUGUCCUCGCUCUCUGCUUCCACCAGUACCAUUGAGAGUGGUGUGCUGCAGGUGUCUACUGUGCAACCAGGCACUGCUGCUCCUGCUGCUGCUACGGCUGCUGCUACCACAGCCAGUGAUGAAUCUCUUGUCUAGUCUCUUUCCUCCACACCCCCCACACCCCUCCGUCUCUUCCCCUCAUCAUCUGAUGUGUUUGGUGAAGGUAGCCACUGUUGUUGUUGAAGCUGGCAGCGACUUCCGAAACAUGGGUGACGAGCUGCACAGCUGAGCUGCUGCAGAGUAUGUCUGUGUGUACGUGCUUGCGUGUGUGCAUGUGUGUGUUUAGUUCCGUGUGUUCCAUGUAUGCAGCCUGCUCUUUUUUUCCUGCCCUGUGAUAAUACUAAUAAAUAUCCACAUCAUCAUGAAUGCUGUGGCGUGCAGCAGUCCACUGUCCUAGUUUAAUCCUACCUAGUUCCUUCUUCCCGCAGUGGAUGCGGAGCUCAUCCUCUCUCAUUCUCCUUAUCUUAAUGUGCUGGCCAUAUAUUGCAUGUCUAAAACUAUGAGUGAGUGUUAUAUAGUUUAUGAUACCUAGCUAAUACCUAGCUAACAGAUUUGUAGUUUAUGAUAUGUACAAACUUAGUGAACUACGAAAUGCUGUUUCUUCUUCUCGGCCCUGGUUUUAUUAUCUUCUGAUGUACUGCAAUUUUAUUUUCACGAUGGCCCAUCCUUAUUAAUUUUGGCAAGACAACCACCGAUGUGUAAAAUCACACAUCUGGUGCUAGAUGUUAUGCUGUGGCCAGUAACUAGUUAACUGUCCUGUGAAGAAGCACUGCCCAACUUCCCCAUGCACCUUGAUUUACUAUGGACAGGAAAAGCACGAUCGCCCUGUCAUAAACAUCAGAAUUUUAGUGUUUAAUAGGCUCGCAUAAUAAUAAUAUUGUGUUCUUUUCAUUUCUUGCUGGAAGGUGAAAUGAGUCUUUCUACACAUCGGAUGAUAUGUCGCUCAUCCACGUCAACCCUA